CGAGUCGCCAAUGUCGAAACUUCAAACAAAUGUCAGUACGUCAAAAUUAAUUCAAGCGCAGCAUUUUGACAGAGCAGUGUUUAGUUUUAGUUUAGGCUUUGUUAUCUAUGGUUUAGGAUAUUUAUCGGCAUUGUAAGUAAGGGUUAUAAGUUUUUUUAGUUUUUUUCAAUAAUUUCUAAUGCUUUUAGCCAAAAUUUUAUACCACAUGAGUUAUGAGUAGAUAAAAUAAUUCUAUUUCUUAUCCUAUUUAUAUUACGCCCUUGAAAAAAAAAUUGUAUAUGUUAUUUGGAGUAGAAGCUCUUUUUGUGCUUCGUACAGUUGCCAGCCUCAGCUACGCUUCGGCCGUCAAUCUCUGCACUCACCACAAAAAGAGUCACUUCUACUCCUUAUGACAUAAUCUACUAAUCUUUAGUUCUAUUGCUUAUUUCUUUUUUUUAUUUUCAUAAACAUCAACGCAACCAUUACUUUGCACAGUUUAAACUUUUUAUCUUAUUUUCCUAUUGGUGACCAUGAAUACGCCUUAAAAAAGAUAGAUGGCGCGUUUUGGCCUACAUUUUUAGUGACUUGUUUGUUUAUUUUAUUGGCGACCAAUCAAAUUGGUUAUAUGUGACAGACGUCAAUAAUUUAUUUGCAUUUUAUUCGCAUUUUUAUUCAAAAAAUUGUUCCAUUGAUCUGCAUACGAUGAAUAAUAUAUCGAUAACAAUUAUUUUCGAGGAAUGUGCGUAGUAUUUUUUGGUUUCACGCCAAUUUUAGGCGGGUCUGUUUAUAUUUAUAAUACGGUUUAGGUAAAAAAGUGUAUAUGAAGUUUUUAAUGGAAUUUAUAAUGCCCCCGUUGAAAAUAUCGAAGAGUUUAACGGAAGUGCAAAAAAACAAUAAUAUUUUCGACGACGUUUGUGUGACCAAAACAAACCAUACUUGUACCGAAUAUAUUUCCAAAGUUUUAAACAAUCUCAAUCAGUUAAGAAACAGCAGGAGGUUUUGCGAUGUUGACAUUGUAGCAGGAGACAAAAUAUUUCAGGCACAUAGGGCUGUUUUAGCAGCUUGCAGCCCCUAUUUCCAAGCCAUGUUCACUGGGGGCUUAUGUGAAACAGAUAAACAAUCUGUGAAACUUCAUGGCCUGUCUUCCUAUAUAUUUGAGAUUCUCUUAGAUUUUAUUUAUUCAGGGCAAGUGAAUAUUAACCAGAACAACGUACAGGAAUUAAUGAUAGCUGCUGAUAUGUUGGAACUUAGCGAAGUAGUUGAAGGAUGCACAGAGUUUUUAAUCAAGGAAUUGCAUCCCCUAAAUGCUAUAGGAAUUUAUUUAUUUGCUGAUAGUCACAAUUGGAUGCAGCUUAGAAGUGCUUCAAUAGAUUUUAUAGAAAAAAACUUUCCUAAAAUUUGUAAUGAAGACGAAAUUUUCGAAUUGGAAAAAUCCGAAUUUUGCAAUUUUUUAUCAUCGGAAAAUUUAAGAAUUGAAUCUGAGUUUGAAAUAUUUCAAGCAGCUCUUAGAUGGGUGAAUACAAAUCUUCUUGACAGAAGACAGUAUGUUUUUGAUGUCCUGGAACAUGUUAGGUUACCUUUAAUAUCCUUUGGUUUGCUAGAAAAAGCCAUUUCCCAGUGCAACGAUAGUAGUUUAAAGAUAGCCCUAAGAUCCAUACACAAUGACUUAGUUAACCAGAAAGGUUGUCUAGUUAAAUUAAAUGUGAGACCGAGGAAAUGCGCGAAAAAAGAUAUUUACGUUAUAGGCGGGUCAAAAAGAGAACUGAACAGUGUUUGGGACAGAGGCCUAGAGAUGGACUAUGUCUCCAUAGAAAAGUUUGACACAUUUACAAAGGAGUGGACUAAGAUACCGGAUAUGCGCGUAAACAGGCUUGUGCCGGGGGUUGCCUCCCUAAACGGGCAAAUUUACGUGGUGGGGGGCGAAGAGGGGCCCAAUAUUCUUUCGAGUUGCGAGAGGUACGACCCGUCUCUAAAUCAGUGGACUCAGGUGGCCAAAAUGUUGGUUUCUAGAUGCGAAUUUGGACUUUGUGCUUUGGAUGGGACUUUCUCUAAAAUGCCUUACCUAUACGCAAUGGGAGGCUGGGUCGACACAGACAUAAGCGGUAGCAUCGAACGAUACGACCCGAAAUUGGACGAAUGGGAAUUUUUCGGAAGUCUUCCAGAACCCCGCUUCAGCAUGGGACUGGUCUCCUAUAAAGGUCUGAUCUACAUGGUGGGCGGCUGCUCCCUGAACCAACGCAACCUGCACGACCUGAUGAGCUACAAUCCAGUCACCGGGGAGUUCAAACAGUUGCCGUCGAUGUCGAUAGCGAGGUUCCAGAUGGGCGUGGCCGUUCUCAACGGCUCGUUGUACGUGGUGGGGGGGACCAACAGGCAGGAGGUGCUUAAUUCCGUCGAGAGGUACUCUUUCGAAAAGAACAAAUGGUUCAAGGUGCCUCCCAUGAAGCUGGAGCGUUCGGGCCCAGCCGUGGCGGCUAUGGACGGUCAACUGUACGUUAUCGGCGGCGCGCAGACGCACGCCACUGCUUUUUACCGCGCGCAGUGCACCAUCUCGUCCGUCGAGUGCUUCGAUCCCAUAACAAACAGUUGGACCGACUGUCCACCUCUCUCGGAGACCAGAGCUGAGGCAGGUGCCGUGGUCAUAUGAUAGGAUUAAGAGGUUAACAGAUGAAUUCAGGAGCGUAUCCUAUCACAACAUGAAGAAAAAAAACUCCUGUAAACAUGUUUCUAAGCUGAUAAAGUUGAAUUUUGUAGAAAAUUAUUGUGCGACACAGAUUUGUAUUCUAAAAUUUAUAGCUUUACACAAAAAGAAGCUUUAUUGGACACAUGCUUAUAGGAACUUUUAUUCAUAAAGAGUUUUUCAUUAACGGCGACCUAUGGUAUUAAUUGUGUGGUAUACCACAUAUUUUUUCAAUCAAUAUUUGAGGAAUGCCUGGAUUCAAAACACUUUAAUGACCUUGAUACUCUAGUAAUGUACAGUAAUGUCAAGACUUACGAUUUAAAGUUAUGCAAAAAUAAAAAUACGAACAAAACCAUAAAUAAAUAAGAAAGUAUAAUUUUUUUAAAUUAUGUAAUUAAUUUAAAAUUCGCGCCUCUAGUAUGUAAUUCACCUGGAUUUUUAAACGAUUUAAGUAGUUUAAAGAAUAUGAACAUAACCUAGACACUGAUGUUGGAUAUUCAGCUUCAUAAUUCAUUCGUAAUUUAAAAUACUUUGUGAGUCUUGCCACAUAUUAAUAUAUGUCACUAAUGUGGCAAAUACUUCGUUCGUAAGUCUUGACACGCCUGUUACUUGGUGUAUCGUUUUUAACGAAGAAUGUAUAGCAAAAAUCGUUUUUCUCAAGGGUAUGGUUGUUUUUAGUGAACAAUCUCUAUACUAGAAGUUGUUUUAUAAUGAUUUUCGACAGGUUUGUACAAAUUUUAAAGCGUAUACUGUUCCAUGAUUAAUACGUCAAAACAAACCGAUCUAAACGUCAUCUUCCUAUUGAAAAAUCUAGUUCCAGAAUGCCUCGUCUCUAUUGAAAAACCUUUUAUUUUUUUCAUAAAAUCAGUGUUCCCAACUUCUGUAAAAUAAUAACAAAAAUGACAUAAUGAUACAAUGCAAAUUGUUUGGCGUUACUUAAUAAUUGUUGAUUGUAUCAUUUUUGUAAUUAAGGCAAAUUCACACAAAAUGUCCCGGAUUUUUUUGACAGAAGUUGACAACCCUAUAAUAGAUAUGCCCCUGAAUUAAGAAACACCCCAUAUAUUAAAUAUAGGUUUUGAAGCUUUUCCCUGCAACCGGUGUUUUCAUAAAAAAUGUUUGGUUGAAAUUAAUCACAAAAGUCAAAUUUGAGGUCAUUAAUAAUUAUUGAUAACCUCAAAUUUUACUUUUGUGUCAAAAGUUGAUGAUACACCAGGCAUAUCUUUAUUAUGGUUUCCAUGGUAACUAAGCGAGCGUUUUGGUUACUUUGUCAACAAAGUAAAAAAAGCGCGAAUUUGUACUUUUCGCUCGGUUGUAGAAAAAGGUUAUUGCGACCUAUUUUGCACAUGACAUAAAAAUAUGACGGGUAAACACGCUAUUGUAACAUUUGUGUUGUGUAAAAAAAAAUAAUUUAAUACCUUUAAACCUUCUUGCGUCCCUUGUUAUACGACUACAAAUUACAAAAUUAGUUUCUUUCCACUUUAAUUUUAGUUGAACUAGUCAUUUUUUUAUUUUAAAAAUUUGUUUAAAACAUUUUUAAGAAUACAGGUUUUUUAAAGUUAAAAAAAAUGGUUGUAUGCAUAAAGGUUAGUUAAAUCAAAAAAAUCAGUUAACAGUUCUCAAGAUUGUGUAAAGAAAACGGUUUUUAAUUUUCAAGCUUAAUAAUUUAGGGCAUAUUUACAAAAAUUGUAUCUUGACCCUUAAAGUAAAAACCCCUAAAGUAAAAACGAAUUAUGAACAAUUCAAGAUCUGAAACUUUUUAUACCAUAAUAUACCAUUACAAAAUUUUAUAUAAGGGUUUUAGAAAUUUUGGAUAAAAACAAAAAAGAAUAAAAUUAAAAACCAAGCUUUUAAGGUUAUACAUUUAUGUGAACUCUGACUUAAAAGAAGCCCAAGAAUCACCCAUUAAAUAAGGGCAUAACAUUAAGUAACACCCUGUAUUUUAAUAGAACAUAAUGAUAUAGGUAUAAUAGGACCAUGUUUCUAGUUUUUUAUUAGAAUUGUACUUAACUUGUUAAUUCAAGUUUAUACCACCUUUAAAUCGUAUAAAAACUAGGUACCUACAUCCUCAAGUGAAGGGAAGAUUAUGAUAGUAUCAUAUACUUUUACAAAUGUAAAAUUUAGGAAUUCCGCCUACUUUUUGAAGCUGGGUUGGUUUAAUAGAUACGUACUUCUUUUAUGCAUAUGGCUAUUAGACUUUAAUAUUAUCAAAAGUAUUUUUUAGCAAAACUAUUAAGAAAUAGUAGGUAUAUUGUGCGACUAGUGCGACCUCUUUUGACCAAUAGUCGCACACAAUAUUUUAUUCAACUACCACAAGGAAAUUAAUUUAAUUUGAUAUUUUAUCCGAAAUUUGACAAACCGUUUUUAAUUUUAAGAGGCUAAAAAAUAAACAUUAUUUUGUCCACUUACUUAUUCCUUGGUGUUGAAAAUAAAUUAAUUUUAAUGUUUCACAAACGCAUAAAUAUUGAGUGAACUUAAACACACAGUGUUUUUGUAAAAUAUAGAUGUUAACUUAAACAUUUAUUAACCCAUAACCAAAAAACAAUAAUUUCCUUUACAAAAAUUUAAGGAAAGAAUAUUGUGUAGCACAUAAUUCAGGACUAUUUAUAAUCUGAAUCGAUGCAUGUGAUAUUUAAUACCAAAAAUUUUCAACCAUUUCACAAUCAUUUUGUUCUGUUCCACAAAAUUAUAUGUGUAAGAGUUUUGUAUAAAAUAUUUUAUUUCUACUAGUCAUGAUAUUGUUGUGUAAUGCUUUUGAAUUUACAAUUAAUGUCUAUGUUUACCCCAUUUUAUAUUAUAUUAAAAUAGCAAAUUUAUGUUGUUACUGAAUAAAGGCAUUUAAAAUAAAUAAAACCAUAAGUUAUUUAAAUAAUAAUAAUUAGAAUAUAUUUUUAAAUAAUGUGUAUAACAAAUUAAUAAGGUAUAAAAGUCAAAAAAGUGAUGCUUGUUAAAUCAAUUAAGUAAUUAAAAAAUAAUUUAGUUGCAUCCAAGAGAUGCGAUGAGGGCCUCGGCUUUCUUGACGUAAGCCUCCUUGGCAUCAUCUUGGGACUUUCCUUUCCUUGCGGUCCACGCGUCAUGUUUGGCCUUGCCUUUCAAGUCCAACAUGCCUGGGCGAGCUAAAAUUAAAAAAAAAGUAUUUUUUACAAAGUAAUAUUUUUGGUAGUUAUAAUAACUACUAUUUAUAAAUAGUAUACUUACGCGUGGUGUUGUCUCCAACUGUGGCUUGUUUGAACAGACCGUACAACUCCAAAAGGUCGUUAUCGGAAGGUUUGCUCUUAAGGUUCUUCACACUUUCGGCAGCUUUGUUGAAAUUCUACAAAAAAUACAGUUUGUUUAGUUUUUAUU